GGAAGGCUUAUUUUACACAGAUCACCGAUUAGGUAUUCUUUUUUCUUUCUCACCUACAGUAACUAACUGAUACUAUGGCUGAGACAUCUCUCGCGUCGGCGGUCGCGUUACCAGAACAGGACAACAAUAGCUUACCACCCGCAUCACCGGAAGCAGGAAUCAAGCGGAGAAAAUCAUCGAUUACGGAUUCGGACGGUAAACGCCGCCGACUUAGUUCCCAGGACGACAGUAGAGACAGAGACAGCAGCAACGGACAAGUUGAAGCGAGGAGAGCGUCACCACCCGCCGAGCGGAACGGGACUCGACAGACUAGUCAUAGUGGCAGCGGCAGCGGCGGGCGCGAUGAGGAGCGGAAACGGGGACAGAGACUAUUCGGGGCGUUACUUGGGACACUUUCGCAGAGUUCGAGCACGGCGGCGCAGAGACGGCGCGCGGAUAUUGAGAAGAGGCAGCAGGCGAAAUUGCGGAUGCAGGAUGAGGAGUAUGAUGAGUUGAAGAAGAAGAGGCGGCAGGAGAUGUUGGCUAUGCGAAAGAAGGAACAGAAGUUCUUUGAGAGAGAGUCGAUGCAUACACGUCACACGAAUAUGUUGGCCAUGGCACAUUUUUUGAAGACUAAGACUGAACCGGUUCUGUACUACAAACCGUGGCAGCUACGACCUGAACAUGAAAGGAUAAUACGGGACCAAAUCGAGGAGGCCGAGACCACAAUUGCACAGGAACGUGCUGGUUUUGAUGCCCGCUACCCACCCGGGGAGUUCUCCAGGGAAGCUCAGUCACAAUCUGAAACACAACCAGAGGAGAAACGGGAGCCAGUACCGGAGCCGGAGAACGAGAAACAUCUGAAUGGGAAAGAGCCCCGUCAAGAUGCAGAACCUGACAGCGGCUCGAGAGAGGGCAAAGACAUGGCGCAUGAAGCUUCGGACGCGGUGGGUGCUGAAGAUACUAACCAUGAGAAGCCGUCAGAGGUAGCUAAAACCGAUACCGCGUCCACCACUAACGAUACCAAUGCGGCUGUCGAUGACCAGGCAGACAUACACCGAGCAGCUGAAGAUGAUGGAGGAGAGGUUGUGGAGGAUAAGGAGGACACGGUGAUCUAUUAAUUUGGCCUGUAAUAUUGAAGUAUGCCUGAUUAUGUCCUUUUCCCAUGGAUGCGUCUGAAGCUACAAGUUGAUCUCGAAAGUGUGGAGCGAUGUUCUUACUAGGGAUCUUGAAUUUCACGACUUGAUGACCCGG